AUGAGCACCUGGAACUUCACGGCUUCGCCGACGCCUCAGAACGAGACCGACUCCAAGGUCACCCUCCACUGGAUCAAGAGUUAUGCCUCCCGGUGGAAGACUUAUGUGGCCAACCGAGUAUCUUCAAUCCAGCAGAAGCUUCCCGAAGCUCACUGGAAACACGUUUCGGGUCGAGAGAAUCCCGCGGACUGUGCCUCAAGGGGAAUUUCGCCGAAGAAGCUCCUGAAUCAUCCUCUCUGGUGGACCGGGCCCAACUGGCUACGCCAGGAACACGCUCAAUGGCCAAUCAACACCAGCGACGACUCCCUCGAGAGCAUUCCUGAAAAGCGAAUACAUCUUUCAGUGAACACGUAUCGCAACGACUCCGAGCCGGAAAUUCUCCUCCGAUUCUCAAACUUACACAGGCUCUUGCGAGUCUUUGCCUGGUGUCACCGAUGGCGUAAGACUACCGUCCACGCCCAUUACGUCACGCUACAUCCAGAUGAGAUCGAUGCGGCUCUUCUCCGGUGGCUUAAGGUAGUCCAAGGGUUCCACUUCGCCUCCGAACUCACCGCUGCACGCGAUUCUCGUCCAAUGCCUCAUCGCAGCCGCCUGGAUAAGCUGGCCUCAUUUAUAGACGACCUUGGAAUACUGUGGGUCGGUGGUCGGCUAAAACACACCAUGCUCUCUUAUGACGAACGUCACCCGAUAGUAGUUCCGCCAAUGUCAUGGCUAAUGAAGCUCUUGGUGGAAUCAUGCCACCGUCGGAUAUUGCAUGGAGGUGUGCAACUCACCUUGGGACUUCUGCGUCUCCGCUAUUGGAUUCCACAAGGCCGAGCCGUCGUGAAGCGAGUUCUUCACCGGUGCGUAACGUGCACCCGCUGGCGAGCUCUCUCAUCACAGCCUCUGAUGGGUGACCUACCUCGAGGACGAGUGACACCCGCACGCCCCUUCCUCAGAACUGGAGUCGACUACGCCGGUCCUAUCUUCAUCCACACGAGCAAGGGUCGAGGUCAUCGAGCUCACAAGGCAUUCGUAGUGGUCUUCAUUUGUUUGUUUUCCAGGGCAGUCCACCUGGAUGUUGCGUCAGAUUACUCUUCUGAAGCCUUCCUUGCUGCAUUCCGCCGGUUCAUCUCACGCCGGAGUCUGUGCAAAGAGAUGUACUCGGAUUGUGGCACAAAUUUCAUCGGCGCAAAUAAGGAGCUUCGCCGCAUGUUCCACGCUUCAUUUGCCGACGGCCGUCGGAUCUCACAAUCCUGCUCCCAAGAAGGAGUAUCUUGGCGCUUCAAUCCUCCCGCCGCCCUUCACUUCGGCGGACUCUGGGAAGUUGCAGUCAAAUCCAUCAAGUAUCACCUGCGACGGGUGAUAGGGGAGACCACUCUCACCUUCGAAGAGAUGAGAGCUCCAUUGCUCGCACUUCCUGAGUCCUCCUUGGCCGACGAGGCACCAAGCAAGCUCUCACGGUGGCAGCUUCUACAGCAGAUGCGUGACCACUUCUGGCAGCUGUGGUCCCAAGAAUACAUCCACUCGAUGACAUCUCGUCCAAAAUGGUUCAAGGACAACCGCCCUUCAGAAGUUGGCGCGUUGUGCCUCAUCCGCUCGGACAUCACUCCACCAACUCAAUGGUCACUCGCCCGGAUACUCAAGACGCAUCCCGGGGAGGACGGCGUCACACGUGUCGUCACCGUGCGCACAGCUGCUUCCGAACUUGUCCGGCCGCUCACUAAAAUCGUUUUAUUGCCGGUCACCGACACACUACCGCGUUUAAACGCUUAA